ACACACACACACACAGUGGCGCUCAGCAUUUGCCUGAGAGACAAACCUUUUCUCUGUCAGAGGAGCACAAAGUGCAGAGGAGGCUGUCGGUGUUUCAGCGGUCACACUCCAGAUCCAGGAGAGGGGUGAGGGACAGGAAGUCGUGCCCAGCAGGAGAGCUUCUCUUUGGGGGAGAACGUACUUACAUCUGACCUCAAGACAAACGGGACUUGUGAUGUUUUUUCUAUAAAGACACCGGUUAUUUUGAAUCACACUUGUUAAGGAUCUCAAUGGAACGGAGGGCCCUGCUGGAGCAGAAGCAGCGGAGGAAGCGGCAGGAGCCUCUGAUGGUGCAGCCCAACACCGAGGCCCGGCCCCGGCGCUCCAGGACGCGGCGGGGGGAGGAGCAGGCCCCUCUGGUGGAGUCACAGCUCCACAUUACCAACGAUGUCAUCAUUGAUGGUAUCGAUGGCCCGGCAGCUUUCCUCGGCUCUGAAGCUCCUGAUCUGGGAAUGAAAAUCCUGUCAGUAAGCCAGUCCCAGACCCUGUCCCAGUCCCAGUCCCAGACCCUGUCCCAGUCCCAGACCCUGUCCCAGUCCCAGUCCCAGACCCUGUCCCAGUCCCAGUCCCAGACCCUGUCCCAGUCCCCUGUUGCUGAGGAGCCUGAGAGAGAUGGAGACACUGAGACGCUGCUGCAGCCAAAGACAGAUAUCCACGAGUUACUGCAGAAACAAGGUCUGUGUGGCAGUAUGAACUUUGAUGAAGACAGCGAGCAUGAGGGCGAUGGUGAGGAAGAACGAACGCGCUCCCUGUCCCCCAACACUGACACCAGACCAGCCUCUGCCGCCAGUAGCAAGGACAUUCCAGAGGGGAGCUCCGGAUCUCCCACAGCAGAGAGCGCACUCGAUGUGGCCAACCUGGAGGAGUUUGUCCUGCUUCCUGCUCCACGUGGAGUUACUGUUAAAUGUCGAAUAACCCGGGACAAGAAGGGCAUGGACCGCGGCCUCUACCCCACCUACUUCAUGCACAUGGAGAGAGAAGAUGGCAAGAGAGUCUUCUUGCUGGCAGGGAGGAAGAGGAAGAAGAGUAAGACAUCCAACUAUCUGAUUUCAGUGGAUGCCACGGAUCUGUCGAGAGAGGGGGAGAGCUUCAUAGGAAAACUGAGGUCCAACCUCAUGGGCACCAAAUUCACAGUGUAUGACAACGGCAUCAAUCCCUGCAAACACCCCGGGACGCUGCUGGAAGAGAGCAACACCCGACAGGAGAUGGCUGCUAUCUGCUACGAGACCAACGUGCUGGGAUUCAAAGGACCACGUAAGAUGACCGUAAUCAUUCCGGGCAUGAACAUGAACUUCGAUAGAGUCCCCGUACGACCUCAAAACGAGCAGGAGAGCCUUCUGAGCAGGUGGCAGAAUCACUCUCUGGACAACCUGAUCGAGCUGCACAACAAAGCCCCCGUGUGGAACGAUGACACCCAGUCCUACGUGCUCAACUUCCACGGCCGCGUAACUCAAGCAUCAGUCAAAAACUUUCAGAUAGUCCACGACAACGACCCUGACUACAUCGUCAUGCAGUUCGGCAGAGUGGCUGAAGACAUCUUCACUCUGGACUUCAACUACCCCAUGUGUGCACUGCAGGCCUUCGCCAUUGGCCUGUCGAGCUUUGACAGCAAGUUGGCCUGCGAGUAACGCUCCAGUUUUAAUUCCACAUUACCACAUUUCCUGUCCUUCCCUCAAACUCUUCUCCAGGGGCUGUUUGGAAGCCGACAGCUUACAUCACGGAGAGCUGGUUCACGCAGAAAUCACACCGAUACGAGACUGAUAAAGAGGAUACUGAUCAGAGACUUUGGGUGAUCCAACAACCGUCUUGGUUCCAUUUUAGGGUUAGGGUUAUCAGUUUAACUGUGUGUAUGUGCACACGUACUAAAAGGGAAAAGAAAGAGCAGAACACACUUUCAUAUCUUGUCAGACAGAAAGCUUUUUUCUGUUGCCUUCCUUUGAUUUCACUCUGUCGUUGCUCAAAAGAUGGCGAUGUCUGAGAUGUUACUCAACAGAGUGUAAACCAUUUUGAAUUACAAAAACAUGGCCUUUCCUUUGGCGCCACCCUCAGGCCAAACGUUAGAGUUAUUUAGUGAUAAGGGACUAAGAAAGCAAAAUUCAGUUUUGCAUCAAAGCCAGCAUUUCAAUGUUGUUUACAUCUUUAAAUGUGGCUCCAUGAUUUAAUAUAACUCAUUUUGACAACUCCUUCUCGUGUGGAAGGUGCCUGUCUUACGUUUUUUGUGUGCUUUUUUUUGUGAAUACGUGUAAUUUCUAUCUUGUGACUGUGAUUUUUCUUUGUUAUAACACGUUGGAUUAUCAUUGAAAAAAUAACAUAAACGCAGAAUUGCACAUUUAAAGAGGAAGCAUUAACAUACUGUUUAUACAAUGCCCUCUUUUUAAUCAGUUUUUAAAUAACAUAAAAUACUAAAUGUCCUUUCGAGACAUGGAUUUUUAAAAUAAUGUAUGCAUUAAUACACAACACAGAUCUUAUAUUUUCAUUGGUGCACAGAUUUUAUUGAGUUAAGUUUUGUACAGCCCACAUUAAAUUGCAUAGAAGUGUCUAAAAUAUAACUGCCAGUGUCUCUUCAUCUCAAUGUCUUACCCUUUACAUUUUAAGGGAACCUUAAGGGAAAUCGAUUAAAGCUGGCAUCCUUUCCAUCAUCAUUAAAUGUCCCUUACAUCUUGUUUAUUUACUGUACUGUAAUGUUUAAAAUAUCUAACUCACAGUUACUUUAAUCAGUCUAAUCUGGAACAGAACAUAUGUUUAGGGCUUUUCAGGUUUAGAUCUAAUUUGAAAAUGUUGUUUCCUGAUCAGAAAUCCCAAAAAUACCUGUUUUAAAGAAAUUAAUAAUACAAAUAUUUUCAACUGUGUGCCAGGAACUUAUGAAAAUAGUUGUCAUUUUGUGUUAAAUUCAGUUUUAAAGAGAGGACAAAAAUGUAUAGAAAAUAUUUUUGAAAUAUAUCAUGCUUUUACUAGAAGAGACUGUUGUGAUGCACAUUCCAGUUUAACUUUUGAAAAACAUACAAUCAGAUAUACGGCUGUAUUGGAACAGAUGAAGAUUUAACAAUGGACGAUCAAACCUGAAAAUCAUGGUGAAACACAGAGAGAGAGAUGAAUGUAUUCAGUGAACAAUUUAUUUUCACUUUCGAGAGAAAAACAAAAAGUACUUAUUUCCAUCAAUGUAAAAACAUUUAA